CAAGUGCCAGAAAAGACACCCCAGGCGGCCCGAUAUUUGUAGUCUUUUCGGAUCGGAUAUAGCCCCAAGAACUGACGCCUUACUGCAAAACGCGGGAAAAUACUUAUCUUGCUUUUCGAGUUUGAUGCCCCGGGGCCCAGUCGCUCUAUGACAAGCGCCUUUCGUUAGAGCCGCAGGAUACUUCCUGCCAGGCGGCAACCCUUAUCUCCAACAUGUCUCACCACGACUUCCUAGUCGGCACCUUCAACACCCCCCAGCUCUACACCCUACGCUUCACACCACCCUCUUCUCCCUCACACCCAGGAUCCCUUACCAUCCUUCACACCUCGUCAGCCAUAGGCUCUCACUCAUGGCUACACCUCAACCCGCCCAGACAAGACGGCACCCGUACCCUCUACGCAACAGCCUGGACCGACCCGCCCAGCGUCGUCGCCUAUGCCGUGAAUUCCCCCACACAAAUCUCGCUCCUCGGUAGCGCUGAAACCAACUCACGCAGCGGCUACGUCUGCGCGUCCGACAAAGCAGUCUACUCCGCCGGCGGCGCAACAGGCGAAGUCUUCAGUAUCGACCCCGAAACGGGAAACUUCACAUCUCCAUCACCAUCUUCCCAACAGUCCACCACUGGUUCAACAGCGACCCAACCCCUCCAGAACCUCUCCUUCAUCGACACCCAGCAGCAACGCGAUGAUGGCAGCACAAUGGACUUCGGCGGUCUCCGCCACGGCGCACACUCAGCAGACUUAUCUCCAGACAACAAAGCACUGUACAUAGCCGACAUAGGCCGAAACUGCAUAUGGACAUAUUCCGUCUCCUCCACCGACGGCACCCUAACCCUUGGCGAGAAAUUUAUAUCCCCACGCCCCAACGACGGACCUCGACAUGUUCACCCCCACCCAUCAGGCAAGUACGUAUACUCACUGCAAGAGCACACGAGUAUAGUCGACGUCUUCGCCACGAGCAAUGCAGGAGUCAAUUUGACGCACGUGCAAGGCGUGCGCAUCAUCCCGCCCGACGAGCACGAGAGCGACUACUGGGCCGACGAGGUCCGGACCUGUUUAUCCAAUGGCGACAAGCCACAGUAUUUGUACGCCAGCACACGCGGCCUAACGCCGGGAAAGAAAGGGUUUGUCGCAGUGUACAAGCUGCGUGAGGACGGCACGGUCGAUACAUCAGUGACAAGCCAUCCUGAGAUAGGGAAGGGCAACGAGCUUUAUGCGGGAUUGUUGUGCAUGUACCAGACGCCCACGAGCGGAGGAUGGGCGAACGCGAUCCAGCCGGGACCAACGAUCGACGGAAUCGAGUACCUCGCUUUGACGGACAGUGAGGAAGGUUAUGUCUUCGUACUGAGCUGGGAUGGAUCGCAUAUCAAAGAGGUGGCCAGAGCGAGACUGGAUGAAGGUGCUAGUACUGCGACGGCAGUAUGGCUGUAGGUCGAUUGGCGGAUAGAUACUCGUUACCCCUAAGAUUGACUGAGCUGGUAAGCUCUGUGUGCGGUAGUCCUUGCCCUUACAUCCACCAUGACAUUGGUAUUGAGUCUUUUAGACACAGUCAUUCGUGGCAUUUUCAUUACCAAAAUUCCUAUCAACAACAUUGGGCCUGCCGAGCCGGAAAGACCGACCACACGGCAAGAAAUUAAGCCAUCCAAAGUCAAGCCACGCCUAGUUAGCCUUCUCAGGGUCUGGAACAUCAUUUCUUGUACCAGUCAAACCGGUCAGACCGGUCAAACCGGUGGGACCAUUAGUCCUUGUUCGAGUCCUGCUCCUGAUCUGGGCAUCAU